AAUCCAGACACGAAGCAUUAUCUAAUAUACCAAAACUGGUAAUAGUCCACUCUAUAACCACCAUUGAUCAUGCACCGUUUGAGCAAGCCAACAUCCAUAAGGAACUUGCAGAAACAUAAACAAAAAAGAUGUCUUGUGAAGUUGUGAACAAUGAUGAGCUUCAUGUGGUUAUGUUCCCAUUCCUUGCAUUUGGUCACAUUAACGCAUUUGUUCAACUCUCCAACAAGUUGUUCUCUCAUGGAGUUCGUAUCACUUUCUUGUCAGCUGCAUCCAACAUUCCCAGAAUCAAAUCAACUCUUAGUCUCAAUCCAGCCAUCAAUGUUAUCCCACUAUACUUCCCAAAUGGCAUAACCAGCACUGCUGAAUUGCCACCAAACUUGGCUGCAAAUCUCAUACAUGCACUUGACCUUACUCAACCUCAUGUAAAGUCCCUUUUGUUGGAACUCAAACCCCAUUAUGUUUUCUUUGACUUUGCACAAAACUGGCUCCCAAAACUAGCUUCUGAACUUGGCAUCAAAUCUGUUCGCUUUGCGUCCUUCUCUGCCAUAUCUGAUUCUUACAUUACUGUGCCUUCAAGGCUUGCUGAUAUUGAAGGAAGAAACAUCACUUUUGAGGAUCUUAAAAAGCCUCCACCAGGGUAUCCUCAAAACUCCAACAUUUCCCUCAAGGCCUUUGAGGCCAUGGACUUGAUGUUCCUCUUCAAAAGAUUUGGUGAAAAAAACUUUACUGGUUAUGAGCGAGUUUUGCAAGGCUUUAGUGACUGCUCAUUAAUAGUGUUUAGAUCGUGCAAGGAAAUAGAAGAAUCCUACUUAGACUACAUUGAAAAGCAAUUUGGGAAACUGGUUUUGUUAACUGGUUUCCUUGUCCCAGAGCCAUCAAUGGAUGUGCUAGAGGAAAAGUGGUCCAAAUGGUUAGACAGUUUCCCUGCCAAAUCUGUCAUACUAUGCUCCUUUGGCAGUGAGCAAUUUCUGAAUGAUGAUCAAAUCAAAGAAGUGGCCAGUGGCUUAGAACUCAGUGGCUUACCUUUCAUUUUGGUUCUGAAUUUCCCAUCCAAUCUCUCUGCCAAAGCUGAGUUAGAGAGAGCAUUACCAAAAGGGUUUUUGGAAAGAGUGAAGAAUAGGGGAGUGGUGCACACUGGUUGGUUUCAGCAGCAGCUUGUACUGAAACACUCUAGCGUGGGAUGCCAUUUAGGCCAUGGUGGCUUCAAUUCUGUGAUUGAAGCUCUGGCCAGUGAUUGUGAACUGGUGCUGUUGCCUUUCAAGGCUGACCAGUUUUUCAAUGCUAAGCUCAUAGCCAAGGCUUUGGAGGCAGGGAUAGAGGUGAAUAGGAGUGAAGAUGGGGACUUUAAGAAAGAGGAUAUACUGAAGGCAGUAAAAACUAUCAUGGUGGAGGAUGAUAAAGAGCCAGGGAAGCAAAUAAAAGAAAACCACAUGAAAUGGAAGGAGUUUUUAUUGAAUAAAGGAAUUCAGAACAAAUUCAUCACUGAUCUGGUUGCCCAGUUGAAGUCUAUGGCUUAGUGUUCAGGAUUCGGAUUUCUUGGACUAUAAGCUAUCAUUUAAAAUUUGAACUGUUCGAUCGUGUAUUAGUUGUUUUGUGUGUGAAUGUGUGUGACUAGUUUGGUCAGUGCUCAUUUUCUUGGUCUAUUCUCUUCCAAUAUUAAUGUAAAAUAAAGUCUACUAAGACUAAUCCAUUUUCUUAGUCUAGUCUCU